CUGGUGAUUAGCUUGGCUUCUUCGUUCUAUUUAGAUCACUGUGUCCAGAUCAUUGGUGGAAAAGAAUCAGUUCCACAUUCAAGACCUUUUAUGGCCAAGAUCAAAGGCUCGACUAUUUGUGGGGGAACCCUGAUCAAAUCAAACUGGGUAUUAACAGCAGCUCACUGCAACAUAACAAAAACCACUGAAGUUAUUCUUGGAAUUCAUUCAGAAAAAGACACAACAAAACAAGUUUUCAAAAUUAAUAAGCACAUUCCUCAUCCAUGCUAUGAUUCCGUCACAAUGGAGAAUGACAUUAUGCUUCUCCAGGUAUAUUCUAAAGGAUAUAUAUAAUUAAUAUACAUGUGAAUGACAGCAAGACUAGUUUCUCCUUUUCUUUAUGGGUACAGGGA